UCUGUGUAGCUUUGGAGCCUAUCCUGGCACUCGCUCUGGAGACCAGGCUGGCCUCGAACUCACAGAGAUCCGCCUGCCUCUGCCUCUGGGAUUAAAGGUGUGCACCACCAACGCCCAGCUUGAAAUCUCAAUUCUUGGCAUCCCAAAAUGAAAGAAAAAUCUUAGAAAGUGCUUGUUCUUAAAGUAGAAGUAAAAAGUCAACUUGCUCUCUGACCACAAGGUGUCGCACUUAGUGUAGCAACUGAAGACUGCUGAGACAGCUUGGUAGGUUAUCUCAAAGACCACGCCCCUCUUCCAGCUCCUUUGCUGCAGGACCCUGCAUCCACAGUGUGUUGCCUGCACUGACCCCAAAUAAAAGAUGACCUUUGUUCCAUUGGAUCAAGCAUGUCUAACCUUGUUUAUGUGUUGCCCUUAUUGGGAGAAGUAACUUGUGGGGCCAGUUGGUCACCCUGGACUGCCUUCCAAUAGAUCUUCCUUGUACAGGUGAAAAGCCUCUCUCAAAGCUCAUACUCUAUUGAUAUUUAGGAGAGGUGCUUUGGAAGAAACUGUUUUUUUUUUUUAAAAAAAAUAGGGUCUCAUAUAGCUCAGGCUGGUCUGAACUUUCUAUUUAGCAGAGGCUGGCCUCCUAGGUGUUGGCCUUUGGGAAUCCAUUUUAGAAUGGGUAAGGGAACAACCUCCUUGUAUAGUGAGUCAGUAGGUUCCUGUCAAGCUGUUUUGUCCAGGGCUUGGGGGAUGAGAGCCAGAAGUUGGACCUGAUCUUCCUGGCGGUUGCCUUGGUCGUCUUGAUCAGGGCUCUCAUGAACCACAGUAGAAUUCUUUUGGUUGUUUUCUAAGUUGUUUGUGGCAAGGGGAUGUUGAAUCUGAAAAACUGGUAAUUUUAGUCCAUUCCCAGCCAUAAAAUGAAAUCCUCACUUCCUCCUAGCCUACCUGCUUAUAAACUUGCCUGCAAGGCAGAGCUGGGGAAUCCCACAAGUCACACUAAGAAAGGUUAGGCCACUAGGAUAAAGGUAAACCAGAAGAGCAGAGUGCUGCAUCUGUGAUGAGGGAGUCUCUAGGCUGAGGCACUUGCUCUCCCCCAACCCUGAGCUUUGAACUCCAGGCAUAGAGGCUGUCUUUCUUGAAGUAUGUAUGUAUGUAUGUCUAUAUGUAUUAGGUAUAGGUCACUGCCAGGGAUCAAACGCUGGUACUUCCUUAUCCAGAGUAGCCUCACCAGGAAACAGGACCAAAGGCACUUUUGAGGGCUUGAGGCAUUGACAAUAUGUGUGAAACACUUCCAGAUUACCCUCUGCUGUUCCUGGAGGUGACAGUUGGUCUGGGAGCCAGGAACAUGAGGGAGGGGCAUGUUCUUUGCAUUCUCUCCCACCCCAGUCUUGUUAGGCUUCUCUGACUGGGUGUGGCCUGGAGCUGGGUUUGAGUGCUUGGCCACCUCUCACUCUUUGGUGUGUGAGUUGAGGGUGUCUAUUCAAGAACAUUCUGUUCUGUUUUACCAGAACCCAAACCCACUGGAACCAAUGGGAUGCAGCUCCCAUUUCUUUAUAGAGCAGUUAGAACUACUGGCUGACUGUUCUUAGCCACAGCUUUUACCAGUUGGAGGUCAUCUGGCUAUUGGGAAUCCUGGCCCAGUGUUACAAGGGCCACUACCUCAUAGUCAAUGAGACCAAGGUAGUCAUUGGCUUGGCAUGGCCUCAGCUAACCGACUUGCCGCCUGAAGGUGAUUCAGAAGACCCCUUUCUCUGGGCACCUGCCACUGUGUCACAGGUACUGGAGGGGGAAUUCCACUGUCCAGAGAUUAAGAGGGGAAAGCUCCCCCUUGCAGUGUGGCCUGGGCCUGUGCUAACUUCUUAGGAGACAGACCUAGGGGACUGCCAGUGGAGGAGGGCAGAUGGUAGAAUUUGGCCCUGUGACUGGUGUAGAGUCAAGAUAGACCACCAGCCUCUCCUUGCUGUAACUUGGCAGAGGUCAGCCUGGUGGGCCUCAUGUAAGGAAAGACCACUGGCUGGGAUGGGCAGGCAACCGGGUGAUGGAGACAUUCUACUUUCCCAGUGCUGUCGGGGGUUUAAGGUAGGGGCUGCCUCUGGGCUUGAAGUGUGUGUGGGAAGGUCUGCAAGAUUUGUAGACAGUUUCCUAAAGUGAAUGAAUCACAUGGGAUUCACUGCCCUGAAGGUGAGUAUGAAAGAUGCCACGGAGUUGAUUUAACAGCACCCCACCUCCAUCCCCACCCCCACCCCCAGUUUAAGUAGAAAUCCUGCUGAGUAGAGGCUACCCACUGCUUGUGCAGGGGAGAUGCAGUCCUGCUCCUUCCUACUUCUUAAAAAGAGGUGAUGGAAUCACUGGUCACAGGGGUCCUGCUCCUGCCCUGCCCUGCCCUGCCCUGCCCCGCCCCGCCCCGCUCCGCCCCGCCUUCCAGACAAUGGAUGAGCCCUGUGUAAAUCCUCCCCUUGGAGCCAAAGAGGCUUGGGAAGGAGGGAGGGUUCAUUUGGUGGUGGGGCACCAGCAACGGUGCCUACUAUGCAGGAGGGGAGGCCAGUGGAGACAGUAGCUCUCAGCUGUGCUCUGGCUCAUCCUGUAGACAUGCACCAGCGGUAGCCGGGCUCGUCUCUGGGCCACGCCCCCGCGCAGGGGCUUUGAAUGCAGCCGCCCCCAUGAGAAGACUGGCCCGUGCUCUCAUCCCUAAGCCUCUGUGGAGACUGAGCUAUGUGGGCCUGGGCCUGGGCCACAGCAGCCCUCCUCUGGCUACAGACUGCAGGAGUAGGGGCACGCCAGGGACCCAAGAGGUCUCAGCAGCUGGCCGUUAAUGUGGAGUCCCCUAAUAUUACCACACCUAACUACAAGAGAUUGCCAGGCUCCUUCAAGUCACCAGAGGCCUCUGGACCUGAGCUCUCAGAUGCCCACAUGACAUGGCUGAACUUUGUUCGCCGGCCAGAUGAUGGGGCCUCUAGAAAACGAUGCCGUGGCCGGGAUAAGUCGCGAGGCCUCUCGGGUCUCCCAGGACCCCCUGGACCCCCUGGUCCUCCUGGUCCCCCUGGAUCCCCUGGUAUGGAAGUCACCCCAGAGGCCUUGCUGCAGGAAUUUCAGGAGAUGCUGAAAAAGGCCACGAAACUUCGAUUCUCAGGGCUACCAGAUACAUUGUUACCCCAGGAACCCAGCCAGCAGCUGGUGGUUGAGGCCUUCCACUGCCGCUUGAAAGGUCCAGUGCUAGUGGACAAGAAGACACUGGUGGAACUACAAGGAUUCCAGGCUCCUGCUGCCCAGGGUGCCUUUCUGCGGGGAUCUGGCCUGAGCCUGGCCUUGGGAAGAUUCACAGCCCCAGUCUCUGCCAUCUUCCAGUUUUCUGCCAGUCUGCAUGUGGACCGAAGUGAACUACAGAGCAGAGGCCGGUUGCGUACCCGGGAUACUAUUCGUGUCCUCAUCUGUAUUGAGUCCCUGUGCCAUCACCACACGUCCUUGGAGGCUGUAUCAGGCCUGGAGAGCAACAGCAGGGUCUUCACAGUGCAGGUUCAAGGGCUGCUGCAGCUACAGUCUGGACAGUAUGUCUCUGUGUUCGUGGACAACAGUUCUGGAGCAGUCCUCACCAUCCAGAACAGCUCCAGUUUUUCCGGAGUGCUUUUGGGUACAUAGGAGAGCUGAAGAGAUGAUGACUGAGGAGCCAACACCUUGCUUCUUAGAGGAGCUGCAAAGGACUGCUCCCCGGUUAAUAGUUGUCAUAGCAAUAAAGAUCUCCAGAUUUCUCCAUCA